CGCCCCCUCUGCUACUGAACAAACACAUUCAGGCAGCAACCUCCUGCCGUCUCAGCGCGCGCCAUGAAGCUGGAGGUCCCGGCGGCGAGGCAGAGGAGCCAGGACGCGGAGCACAAGGACAAGGCCGCGGGCGUCCUCGGCAUUGAGCCGUGGAAGAACCACCCGACGAGGCUCCCCAGCCCUCUCCCUGAGGCGGACGCCGGCGGCGCCCUGGUGCCGCCGCUCAACUUCGCCAUGGUCGACGACGGCAUCUUCCGCUCGGGCCUCCCGGACGCCGCCAGCUUCCGCUUCUUGCUCUCCCUCAACCUGCGCUCCAUCGUGUACCUGUGCCCGGAGCCGUACCCGGAGGAGAACGCGCGGUUCCUCCGGCAGAACGGGAUCGAGCUUCACCAGUUCGGCAUCGAAGGGAGCAAGAGUGGUCUGACAAUGCCGGAAACCAUGUUGCUCCAAGAACCACUCGUCUACAUCCCUGAAGAAACCAUCCGGGAGGCGCUCAAAGUUAUUCUUGACGUAAGAAACCAGCCGGUCCUCAUCCACUGCAAGAGAGGCAAGCACCGGACCGGCUGCGUCGUCGGGUGCCUGAGGAAGCUGCAGAAGUGGUGCCUGUCCUCGGUCUUCGACGAGUACCUCCACUUCGCGGCGGCGAAGGCGAGGAGCACCGACCAGCGGUUCAUGGAGCUGUUCGACGCGUCCAGCCUGGAGGAGCAGAUCGCCUACUCACCCCCUCCUUCUGCCGCUCCCAAGAUCCCGGCUCCGAAGGGUGCGAAGCCGUCGUCGGGCGAUGACAAGAAGCCGGGCGCGCCCUUCCAGCGCACCUGGUCGACCGACGACGAGGUCCGCAUCCUGGAGGCCCUGGCCGCGUACCGCCUGGAGCACGGCGCGCUGCCGCAGCCCGAUGCUCUCGCCACCGUGCUCGCCGGCAGCCUCGACAACAGUGGCUACAGCCCCGCGUUGCUACAGGGUAAGAUCAAGGCCCUGAAGCGCCGGUACAGCAUGGCUGCCAAGAAGGGAGAGCGACCGAGCAAGGAUCACGACCGCCGGCUCUUCGACCUCUCCAAGAGCGUCUGGGGUCCCGUCACCGCGGCGGCGAACGGCGGCGCACUGAGGGAGGUCAGCGAGAUGUGCGAGCUGUACCCGUACCUCGCUGAGGAGGUGAAGGCGCUGCAGAAGGCGCACCUGGGCAUGUUCAAGCGGGAGUUCCUGAUGAUCGACGAUGAAAAGGCGCGCGCGCUGGACACGAAGAUCAAGAGGCAGAGGCUGCAUCAGUUGAAGGUGCAUCAGCGAGGCCACGAUCUGACCAAGGAAGUGACCAGGACGCUCAUAGAUCUGGUCGACUGAUUGGGUAGACUGUGCGGAGCAUUAUCUAGGCAUUCCUCUUCAUUGCCGCAUAUGUGAUCGAUUACCUGCUAAUUUUGUAUCCACUAGCUGAACCUGUGAAUUGUUUAAGCGUUUGCGGUUUUGUUGAGGAAGACUGUUUUUGGUGCGGUCCGUGAGCUUGAUUCUGUUCAGAAGAAUGUUUUGCUGUGGUUAUGAACUACGCAGAAAAGCUUUUGUAGUCUUAACUUCUAUGGCUUGGUCUCAGGUUAGUACUCCCUCCGUUCCUCGGUGAAUCAAUGGAAGGCGUAUUUUUGACUGAUAA